AUGUCCAAGGAACAAGUCGCUUCUCCCAAUAUCAGCACGACCUUGUCUGCGUCUAAUUCCGAGUUACCAGCAGCAGUUGCUGCUUCGCAACAGCAGCCGCAGGCUAUAGAUCUCGAAGAUCAAAGCUCGGUGAAGAAAGUGAAACAUUUCAAAGAAUCCGAUGCCGGCGACGGGACGCUACGUGAAGACCAGUAUAUCCACGGCACCAGACUCGUGCUUUGCUUCGUGUCGCUUUUCCUUUGUCUUUUCCUAUUUGCAUUGGACCAGACCAUCGUGGCGACAAUCUUAUCCACCGUGGGCAACAAGUUCAACUCGUUUGAGAAUAUCGGCUGGUUGUCCUCGGGGUUUCUCUUAACCAUGGCGGUGUUUAUCCAGCCUUUCGGCAAAGUCUCCAUCAUCUUUGGCCGGAAAUGGACCAUGGUGGCCGCGGUGGUGAUCUUUGAAGCUGGUUCGUUGAUGUGCGCCUUGGCUCCCUCGAUGAAUGUCUUAAUUGGGGGCCGAGUCUUGGCUGGUGUUGGCGGUGCAGGUAUCCAAGGUUUAUCUUUUGUUAUUGUGUCCGAGGUUGUCCCCAUUGCCAAGAGACCCAUUGGGAUGGCGAUCAUGUCGGUGACGUUUGCCGUGGCUUCGGUGUUGGGACCCUUGAUUGGCGGUGCCUUCACUACCCACGUUACUUGGAGAUGGGCGUUUUACAUCAAUUUGCCCGUGGGUGGAUUUGCCCUUGUGGUGUUUUUGUACUCCUUCAGACCGCCUACCCCGAGAGGCAACUACUUGCAGCAGUUGAAGGAGUUUGAUUAUUUCGGCACCUUUUUGUUGAUUGCUGGGUGCGUGCUCUUUUUGUUGGCGUUGACGUUUGGCACUGCCGAUUUCCCCUGGAGAUCGGGCGCGGUGAUUUCGUGUUUUGUGCUUGGUCCGUUAUUGUUGGUUGCGUUUGCCGUGUGGAACUUCAAAUACUCCAAGAACCAAAUCAUUGCCACCGAUGUCAUUAUGACGCCGCAGAUUAUCGCCUCGACCCUUGGCAUUUCUGGUGUGUUCAGUGCUUUUAUCGUGACCAUGCUUUAUGGUGCUGUUUAUUUCCAAGUGAUUCGCAAUGCUAGUGCCAUGGGUGCAGGUUUGCAUUUGUUGCCCUGUAUUAUCGCCGUGGUGAUUUCCUCGAUUUUCUCGGGUGUCAUGAUUCAAAAGUUUAAAUAUGUCAAGCCCUGGAAUUUGUUUGGCGGUCUCGUGGCUCCCAUUGGUGCCGGGUUGUUAACCUUGUUGCAAGUUGACUCGAGUUUUUCGCAACAAGUUGGAUAUUUGAUUCUCAUGGGUGUUGCCGCCGGCUGCCAGAUGCAGCCGGCAUUCAUGUCUGCUCAGAUUAAAGCGCCAAAGACCCCCGGCGGUACCAUCAUGACGACGAUUUUCAUCAAUUUUUUUAGAUGCAUCUUGUCGGCCAUUGCGGCGACGUUAUCCGAUGCGGUUUACAAUUCCUCGUUGAGGAACAUUUACGGCAAAGCAAUCAAAAGUGCAAGUGCCGAGAUCCAGCAAAGUUUGUCGCACAUUGAUUUGGCAAGCUUGAUGUCGUCGAACGAAGUCUUGAAAGAGUUGGAUCCCGCAGCGCAGUUGUUUGUCAAGCAGCAGAUGAUGAAGUCGAUCCACAAUGUGUUUUACAUGUGCAUUGGUUUUGCGAUGAUUUCCGUGUUUGCCGUGCCCUUUGUCACCAACCAGAAGUUGCCGGACAUGGCGGCGUUGGCCAAGAAGCAAGAUCGCGACAUUGCUGAAGUUGAAGCUGAGGCUGAAGCUGAAGCAGGUGCAGUUAAACGCGAGGGAGAAGAUUCAGAGGGCAGUAAAGAGGAAAGCUCGGGUUUGGAUGAGCCGUUCAAUGACUCUGAUGUAAAACCAACAAACUAA